GCUUUUCGGAGUUCUCUUUCUGUAUCCGUUGCUUCGACUCCACUUUUCCCCGCCUCUAUAAUUCCUUGAUGAUGUCUGCCUAGAUCUCCUUUGGUGGGAAACGUCCCGAUCUUCUUCAACGCCUGUCGCCGUUUCUCUCACGCGCAUCAUCGACCUAGUCUCACCUCCGUCCGGUCUAUCUUUACCUGUGGAUGUUGCUUUCCUUCCCGCGUUUCGCCCUCGCACACCUUCGCUGCCGUUCUCUCGGUGCGUUCCACUGCUUGUCACCGGCAAACGCUCGCACAGCACCCUGCAAAGAUCCACCGAUUCGUUCCCUGUCUCGGAAUUUCCGCCUACCUGGUCACCCCUUGCUGGCCUCGUCCCUGCAUUCGGUCUACAGCCUGUCUCCGUUCGCGUUCUCUUUUCACCGUCGCUGUUUUCCUCGCACUCCCAGCGAGCUUGCAGCUUGAAUUCCCUGUCGGAUCCCGCAGACCGCCUCCUUCCCCCCACUUGUUUGCAUCCCUUGUUGCAUCUCCUAGAGUAAAGGCGAACCCAACUAAGGGAGUAAAGGCGAACCCGCAGAUCACAGACAGCCGCUCGGCGUCGUUUCUUGGCGUCUCUCACAGACAGCCUCUUUCGUCGACAUGCUUCCUCCCGGACCUGCGCCGCCUCUCGGCGCUUCAGACCGCCCGCCCGCAGCAGCUGGGGGGCGGGGUCGAGAACUGAUUUUUGCUCGAGCUGACAACCGUCCCCACUGGAUGCGCGUCGCAGACGGCGACUCUUCUGCGGCUGCUCGGGCAGACCACGCGCCGCCAGCUCCUCCUCGACCAGAAACCGGACCGACGAUUCUCACGCUCGCUGCGCCCGGCGCUUCCGGUCCCCAGGCCAGCCCCUUGAUGAGAACGGGGAACGCAGGAAAUGCAGACGCCGCCGCAUCCGCUGCGUUCCUUCACGCACCAGCCGCGCCGCACGCGACGGGAGGAGCGUUUGGGAAGUACAGCUCGCCGCCGGUGCGGAACGAGACGUUUCCACUCGCCGGACCGCAGACGCAGGCCUCGGGUGGUGUACAUACACUCGGCGCCACGGGACCGUGCGGGGAGGCGAGUCCGAAUCGUGGACCGCAGAUCCUCCCGAAACCGACGAGUCCUUUCCAGAACUUACCUGCGCAAGACGCCAGUGGAGGCGCCCCCGCCCCCGGCGCCUGCCCGUGGCCGCAGCCGCCGUUUCCUUUCGGGGCGACGGCCGCCAUCCCGGCGCAGCCUGGCGCACUGACACCCGACGCAGCCGGCGGCCCGCAGGCGCCAGCGCCCACGGCCGGCUCCGCGCUGCAGGAGAUGCAGAAGCGGUUUGAGGAGCAGAUGCGGAUUCAGCAACAGGAAAUUCUCCAGCAGAUCAUGCAGCAAAUGCAGGCUCAGAGAGACGCAACUGCCGCGGCCAGACAAGGCACCGACGUCGCGGGGAAAGUCGGAAAACCUGAGUGCUAUGAAGCCAUCGGCUCGACUCUCUGGUACCGCGUGGAAACAACUACAGGCCUUAAAUACUUCUACCACAAGAAAACGAAAAAGGCAACGUGGACAUGCCCUCCAGAAAUUGCCGACCUCGUGGCCGCGAUCGACGACCGCAUGGGUGGAGCUGCGGGCAAGGCGUCGCCCUCACCUUCAUCAUCGUCUUCUUCCUCAUCUUCUUCCUCGCCUUCUUCCUCAUCUUCUUCUUCGUCCUCUUCUGCGCCUUCCGGAGCUGCCCAGGGCAGAGACGAGGAAAGAUCUGAAGCGCGAGAAGAGAACGGGAAGCGAGGGCGGCAGAGCGAAGAAGAAGGCUCGUCGGACUCGGACUCCAGCGACGACGAGGAUGUGUCAGAGGAGAUGAAGCAACUAAAGUUGCAGAUGCAGCGAUACGAGGAUUUCAAACAAAUGCUACGCGAGAGAAACCUGGGCCCCUUUGCCCACUAUGAGAAGGUGCUCCCCAAGCUGCUCUUCGACCCGCGGUUCGCCGCGAUUCCGACCGAGCAACGCAAGCGACUCUUUGAACGAUGUCUGAAGGAAAUCGUCGCAGAAAACCGUCAAGGCCAGAAGGAGCUGAUCGACGCCUUCAGAGAGCUGAUGAACGAGCUGUACGAGAGCGGCCAUGUUCACGCGUCGUCGACUGUCGAGACUCUGGAAAAACGCUGCGGUCACGAUCCGCGGUGGAUUGCGGCGGGUGUCCCGACAGCGGAUUGGGCGCCGAUUCGCAAGCGCCUGGUGGAGGAGACAAUCGACCGAAGACGACAGGAAAAGAACCUCAUGAAGAACAACAUCAAACGCGACUUCAAGAAACUCAUGCGCGAGAAGAUGGCGGAGCGCCCGAGCGACGAAUGGGCCGCCUUGCGCAAGGAGCUGCGCUCGCAUCCGCAGUAUCUUCAACUGGGCUCGGCGAGCGAGAGAGAGAAAAUUUUUCAGCAGGUCUGCGAGGAACUGACUUUCUUGAACGAAGAGAAAAAACGCAAUGCAGAGACAGUCGCCGAAGAUGCAGAAACGAAACGCGCGCGUCUCGUCAAAACAGAAGCUGCAGCCGCCUUCAUGAACAUGCUGGUGGAGCGUGUGAAGAAUCCUUUCACAAGCAGCGAAGCAGGCAGCGACGCGAUCCCCGUGGACCUAUUGAAAGGAGACAGUCGGUUUCACACGGACAAUCUCUCAGAGUCUGAGAAGCAAAAACUCUUCGUCUCUUUCGUGGAAGAGUUUACCACAGGUCGGCUGCGCCUGUUUCAGACGAAGCUGAACACGCUGCCGUGCGAGAAACUCAGUGCGUCAUUCGACGAGGUUCUUGAGGAACUGCAGACGAACAAGCGACUUUUCGACGGCCUGCCGCAAGCUGAGCUGCUUGCUAGCUUCGAGGGAUGGAAGAAGGAGAGGAGUAACGAGUUGAAGGAGGCAUUCGUUCUCUGGCUACGGCAGAACCCUGACGUUUGCAGGGGCUGUGACGAACACGGCGCGAAAUUUCAGAAGCUGCUCGAGCGCCUGCAAACCGACAUUAGGUACAAGAGACUCGACUAUAUUCCAGAGGAGCGAAUGGACCUCGUGCGCCAGCGCAUUCGCGAAGUCAAUCUCGAGUUCGUCCGGAAACCGCCCAUUGGGGCCAAGGCGCCAAGGCCGGCUGCCUAAACGUCGCGCACCGCUGCAUGCAGCGAGCCACCUCGACGGCAGGGCAUCUGAGGCGUCUGUACACCUGAGCUUUCCGGAGACCUACACACUGUCGAGGAAGCGCGUGAGGCACAGGAAAGAAGGCGAACCGCGCUCCGUUGCUCGCGAAUCGGAAGAAGCUUUUCGUGAAUCGGUCUCUGUGACGCGCCCCCCGCAGUCGACAUCUUCUUUUACGGUUCACCGUUUAUUACCCUCGGUGGUUUUCGCUUCCAGGCCUCCUCCGAAUUGUUUCCGAUGAGAACUGUAAAUUCUCGAGCCGUGCGGCCGACCGUCGAGGCAGGGGUCACAUGCAUCUGAAAGCGCCUGGCGCCACACAAGUUUAUUUCUGGGAGAACUUUGUCUUUUGUCGCUCUGCGCAACAUCCGAACGCAUGGUAAAGCUUGG